GCUUUGAGUGGAUCCCGGGUGAGACGGACCGGAGGAGGCAACAGUCACCGGCUACAUCACCGCUAUGGGACUUCGAGCAGUAAGGCCACGCGCAGGGCUUCUCUCACCUCCAGCGCACCCGCAGCCCGAGCACGAGCACACAGAGCGGAGCGGAGUCACUCGGCAGCGGCGCGCGCACAGGCAGGAGCGGCUGCGGCACCGUGCGGAGCGCGCGCUGAUCCCGGCGGCCUCCCCCUCCCCCUCUGCGCACUGGGCUCUCCGGAGGCGCGCGUGAAGAGCAACAAACCCGACACAGCCAUGUCCAUGGGCUGGGCAGCUCCGUUUCUCUACACUCUGCUUGGUGAUGUCGUAGUCCAGGCUUUAACCUCCAGCCCGGGCUCCGAGGGGUCUCUGUCCCCCCGUCACUACCACCACUUCGACCCUGACACAGGAACCCAGCUUGUGUGUGACAAAUGUCCAGCAGGCACAUAUGUGUCAUCCCACUGUACCAAUAUCAGCGAGCGAGAGUGCACCGAGUGCCCAGCAGGAACAUUCACACGGGGUGAGAACGGUGUUGAGCAGUGCCACCGGUGCCGCAGGCACUGCCAAGCUCCUUUUGUUGAAAAGUUUCCUUGCACAGCCACUACGGACCGCGUGUGUGUUUGCCCUUCUGGCACUUACGCCAAGGAUGGGGAGUGCCUCUUUCACCCAGUGUGCCUGCCUGGUUGGGGUGUCCGCAAGUUAGAGGAUGUUCGCUGCCGCAAGUGUCCACGUGGCACCUUCUCUAAUGUGCCAUCGCGUGCACUGAGGUGCCAGACACACACAGACUGCCAGGCUCUAGGAAUGCGUCUGGUACUCAAAGGCACUGACAAGACGGACAAUCUGUGUGGCAUCUCAUCAUCAGGCCAUGUCUCAGCAUCAUCAUCAUCAUCAUCGUUCUCAAACAGCACUGACCCUGGACUCAGAGUCCGGCCAUCACCAGCAAUCUCAGAAAUUACAACUCCACAAACUGCCCUCGGAGUGUCAGACAUUCUGACUCCCUCGGAUGAAGCAGGAGUCCUGAAUUCUCCAACGCCGGAUCCCUUGCCGUUGUUCAAUCAUCAAGCUCAAUCAGAAGAGAAGAGCCACAGUUUGUCCUACAGGCCUAUCAGGAGAGGCUCGCCUCGACCCAGCAUGCACAAGCACUUCGACAUCAACGAGCACCUGCCCUGGAUGAUCGUGCUCCUCCUGUUGCUGUUCCUCAUAGUGAUUGUGGUGUGCAGCGUGAAGCGCAGUUCACGUGUGCUGAAGAAAGGGCCGAGACAAGACCCCAGCAGCAUCAUGGAGAAAGCGAUUCACAAGAAGCCCAGCUCUCCUGCUGGGCACAACAAGGAGAAGUGGAUCUACUACUCCAAUGGCCAGGGUAUUGAUAUUCUUAAACUGGUGGCAGCCCAAGUUGGCAGCCAGUGGAUCGACAUGUACCAGGCUCUGGCUAAUGCUAACGAGCGGGAAGUGGCUGCCUUUUCCAAAGGCUACUCAGCUGACCAUGAGAGAGCAUAUGCUGCCCUACAGCAUUGGACCAUCUGUGAUGGUGAUGCCAACCUAGUCAAGCUGAUAAAUGCCCUUCAUCAUCACCGGCGCAUUGAUGUGGUCGAGAAGAUCCGUGGCAUCAUAGAAGACAAUCCUCAGUUUGAUCUGAACCAGUUGAUGACAUCUGUGAAUGUAAGUCAAGGUGCGAGCCCCAGCCAUAAACCUGUGGAUGCACUGGGAUCAGUGGUGGAGCACUCUCCACUUGACCGCACUAAAGGUUUCUUCAUUGACGAGUCUGAGCCACUGCUGCGCUGUGACUCCACGUCAAGCAAAGACUCAGCCCUGAGCCGCACAGGCUCUUUCAUUACCAAAGAGAAGAAAGACACGGUUUUGCGGCAGGUGCGACUUGACCCAUGUGACCUGCAGCCAAUUUUUGAUGACAUGCUGCACAUUCUUAACCCAGAGGAGCUGCAGGUUAUUGAGCAGAUACCCAUGGCCGAGGAUAAACUGGACCGUCUGUUUGAGAUCGCUGGAGUGAAGAGUCAGGAGGCCAGUCAGACGCUGCUCGAUUCCGUCUACAGCCACUUGCCUGAUCUUUUAUAAACAUGUUUCAUUCACUGCUACUUAAAGACAUUUGCAUAGAUUGAAAGUGUAAGAGGAGGGCAGACAAACAAGCCAUCCUGCAUGUCCUUAUGGAGCACAGGAGUUUCUAAGCAUAUUAAAAGCCAUUGGUAGCCAAAUGUAACUUUUUUUGCACUUCAGAGCUUCAUGUUGGUCUGUGUGAUUAUAUUAACUUUCAUAAUGCUGUGACAUACCAGUAUAUUCACUUCUCAAUGUCUAAAACUAAUGUACAUUACUGACACAUUAGUUAGGUGAUUUUCCUGCUCAUUUCCAGAUCCUAACACAUUCUGCCAAAAUUUGUUUGCCUAACCUGUAGAGACAUUCUUGUUUUUCGCUCUGUGUCUAUUAUCCAUCCAUCGACCCAUCCAUCAUCUUUUCGGGAAGCUUGAGGCCUAUCCCAGGGAACACACAUUCACACUCUACGGGCAUUUGGAAACACCAGUCAGCCUACAGCGCAUGUCUUCGGACUAUGGGAGGAAACCUAAGUACCCGCAGAAAACCUGCAGAGCACACCGAUCACUGGGGACACAGACCGGAGAACUGGGUCGUGAACCCCCUUGAGGUGCCAUCGUGCCAUCCUCUGUUACUGUGAAUAUUGCUAUUUCUAUAACAGGGAUUUCCUGUGUGAAUUUAUGAGCAUUGAAUAAGCAACACUUCUGGCUGCCUUGUCAAAAUCAUAAAUUCUUUACAUUUGGUAACAUCAAAUCAGCAUAUUGCUGGACUUCUCCAAGAAAUGAACGACGAAAAUGCGUAAUAUAUUAUGUCCAAGCUGGAGAGGACAAAGAAGCAACACUUCCUUUUAAAACCACCGGGGUCAGGAGGCAGGAGGUCGGUUGGGCCCUGCUUGAUUCUGUAUUUAGCUACUAAAUACACACCUGGUUGCUUGCAGAUGCUAAAUGAGAAUGUACAAAUGAAUCAUUUAAAAGUAUUUGAACUGUGGGAGGAACCCAGAGUACCCAUAGGUAACCCACCGAGCAUUGGGAGAACAUGUAAAGGAGGCAAGAUUCAUAUGUGCGACCCUGGAGGGGCGAGCCGACAGUGCUUAAACCUCACUCCUGAUGUUAGAGCAUUCGGCCAAAAUGUGUUCACUUUGAUUGCAUUAAUCGAACCCUGCUGUUGUAGCUUUGUAUGAGGAUUUCUAAGUGCAUUUUAGAGUAACUCUACUGGUUGUAACAUCAUUCAUGAUUGAAGAUAUGCUUUUAAUGUUCCGCUUGAGUUAGUGUGUAGAUGUAGAUCUCCAAGAAGGAACACACAUAGUGUGGUAUGUGAUCCUUUAACUGAGCGCUAGAUUAAAAUGGCUAAACAAAGGAUAAUAGACCCAGAGGAAAUAGGUUUGUUCCAUCGAUCAUAUUUCAAAUGAUGAUAUGCGGUGUUCAAGAUGGCGAACUGUACUGAUCUAGCAAUGUAGUAAACUGUUGUAGUGAGACUUUUCUGCUGAAUUUUGACAUUUACUGUAUACUUCCUCCCUUAUGGCAACAUGGUGCAAAGGGUUACUUUACCUUUGUUUGACUGUCACGUGUUGGGGAUGUACACUGGCAGCUUUUAUUUUAACUGGAUUGUAAUUAAAUCAAAUGGUGUCAGUUACAAAGAUUAAAAAAGUAUAAACCUUAUAUUCUGUCAUAAGAUUAAACAUGUAACCAAGAUAUUUACUGUUAUGUACGACAAGUUUGAAGACUGACCAAUUAAAAUAAAAAAAACUUUUGUUACAGAA